GCAGCAGUCUCUCUCUCUCUCUCUCUCUCUCCUUCCCGGUGAGGGUUCGUUACAGAGAUGGCUGCGAAAGUGUGCAGAUCAGUACUCCUGUUGUCCCGGAGCAGCGGAGUGGUGGCCGGCAGCUUCCCCGCAGUUGUCGGCUCUUCACAGCGACACCGCCAGCACAUAAGACCGGAGGUACUGUCUGCUCCUUUUCCCCAUCAGACUGUCAGGAAAGCACAUGGCAUACGGUCAGCAGCCCACUCCACACUGUUCAGCCAGCCUUCCACUGCCCUGUCUCCACAGGUUUGGAGUGGCGCCCCCUCAUGGCAUGGCCAGAAACUGUUGUGUACCUCCUCUGCUCCAGAAGAGGUGACAGUGGUGUAUCAGAAUGGGCUGCCUGUGAUCUCUGUCAGUUUGCCGUCCAGACGGGAGCGCUGUCAGUUCACCCUUAAGCCUCUCAGUGAUUGUGUAGGAGUUUUCCUGCAACAGCUCCAAGCAGAAGACAGAGGGAUUGACCGGGUAGCUAUCUACUCCACAGAUGGAGCAAGAGUGGCCUCUUCCACGGGUAUAGACAUCCUGCUGCUGGAUGAUUUCAAGUUAGUCAUCAAUGACACAACACACCUUGUGCGACCACCAAGGAGAGAUUUGUUGCCCCAUGAGGAGGCAGAGAGGCUGAAUGACGUCAAGUUUCUGGUGCAGCAGCUCUACACCACCCUGCGCAUUGAGGAGCACCAGCUCACCAAAGAACGGGAGCUUAUUGGACGACUGGAGGACCUCAACUCUCAACUCCGUCCCUUAGAAAAGGCGAAGGAGGAGCUGAGUAAGAAGGCAGAGCGUCGAACCACCUGGGUGUUGUGGGGCGGCAUGGCAUACAUGGCCACCCAGUUUGGCAUCCUGGCCAGGCUGACCUGGUGGGAAUACUCCUGGGAUAUCAUGGAGCCUGUCACUUACUUCAUCACGUAUGGUACCGCCAUGGCCAUGUAUGCCUACUACGUUCUUACUCGCCAGGAGUACGUUUACCCCGAUGCGAGAGACAGACAGUAUCUGCUGUUCUUUCAUAAGGGGGUGAAAAGGACACGCUUUGACGUUGAGAAGUACAAUAAGCUGAAAGAUGCCAUUGCUGAGGUGGAGUUGGAUCUAAAGCGUCUUCGGGACCCUCUCCAGCUUCAGCUCCCAAUUCAGCAGAUUACCGCCAGUAAAAAUUGAUGAGAAGUACGAGCUCCCCCCCAACUCCUGGCCCCGCCUCCCUUUGUCCAAUUCUCCACGUCCUUUCCCACUAUUUAUCCCAUCCUCCCUCCCUCCCUCACCCAAUAGGCCCAUCUUUUUCUUGACUGUGGGAGUUAGGUUUUUCUUUUCUGGCUUUUGUUUUUCUUUCCUUACUGAAUACUCCAGUUGGAUCUGCAAAGUGAAACUGCUGAAAGUCGACUGAUGGUGAAACUAUGGGGAGCUUCAAACGUCUCACAGCCGAAAGGAAAGUGAGAAAUGAUGAAAACAAAGAUGAAGAUGGAUAUGCCUCAAGACUCUGGAGGGACAGACUGCAGGGAGCUCCAGGGGUCCGGCGGAUGUUGUCACACUUCUCUGUAUUCCACAGCAGGCGACCUGCAGAGGGUUGGCCAUUUUUGUGUGCAUGAGCAGGACUUUGUCAGACUUGGUCCUGUCAGCUGUCAUCACAGCAGUCAAACUGUGAACACAUACAUGCCUCCUCUGGUUCGGGGCAAGCAUUGUCUCUAUGUCAUGCAUUCAAAGUUUACAAGGAAGUGCUUGACCACGCCCACUGCGGUGCACGCUGCAGACGCACCAUCAGGUGAACGGCCGUCUUCCUGCGGCUAAACUCUGCUGCCUCUGGGCCACGCCUUCUCCAGGUGAUGGACAGCUGCCCUUUCCAGUGUAACCUUUGUCAAGAGUACAUCUUGGCUCGCAGGAAAUAGAAAUGACAACAGGCCGGAUGCCUCGUGUCCUCUUCCUGCUAAAGUCCCGGUCCGUGCAAAGAUGAGAGUACAACCGACAACAACAUCACUGUGUGUUCUUUUAUUCCAAAAAUAUUUUGGCACUUUUUAUUUUGAAAGCCAUAAUAUAUUUGUUAUGAAAGUAAUAUAAAUAUAUGUAUACAAUCAAAUAACAGAUGACCAGAGGCUAGUUUUUCUCAGUGGGGGGAGGAGCUCUCUUCAGUAUGUCAUUGCAUCAUAGUAUUAUUUAUAUCUUCAUCUGUUUACUAUUGAUGACUCUGACAUAUAAUCCAGUCACUGUUUGGCUCCUAAGGGGCACUGCCGCCCAUGUGCACGACUCCCAAAAACACAACUGAAGCCAGAUCACGCAGGCUUUGGUAGAAAUGUUUAGAGCUUCAUGCAAGGCAUUAAAGUAAACACUGUUUAUAUGCUAAAAGCGUUUGUUUUUUACCCCCUUCUCUAAUUAAAUGCAUUACUCUUAUUGGAAAAAACUUGCCAUUUGCAGAAUUUUUCUCCUAAUAUAAACUGAGCUUGAAUUCAGCAGCAUGACUUUUGGAGCUCUCCUUCGUGAAGCUCAGAGACUAACCACAAUAAUGUAAAACUGCAUCCAAUCACAGACGCGCCAUUGAGUUAUCUCCUCCCACUGUUGCCCCUCCCCCCUGCUCCCUUAAUGGCAAGGCAGGGUAGACUGCAUGCUGUGGUAUGCCCUCUGUAGAAAUUUGUGAAUGUGUAGGAGCAUUAUUGCAAUUUUUAUACUUAAUUGGACAUAUUUCUUUGACGCGUCUGAAGUCUCAUCCCCUCUGAUUUUUUUUUUUGUUGUUGUUGUUAUUAUUAUCAUUAUUGAAAGAAACUUAAUCUUGUCAGUUUCACUUGUUUUUGACCAGGAUUGACAUCACUCUCUGAUCAUUUAAUUUCUAUAAGCCUUUAUUUUUCAUAAUAUACAGUGUCAAGAAAACAUCUGGAUGUUGGAAUGACAUAAAAAUCAAAUAUAUGUCAGGCUUCUGUAUAUAAACAUUUUUAAUAUGAUGCCCUUUAAACUCACUGUAAAAACUAAACUCUACAUAACAUAAAUAAAAUAUA